AUGGCCUUCAAUGUGGCCUACACCACAUCUGAGUUUCCCCCCUCACUCAACAACAACUCCGACAUCAAGAUGCACGACGAGCUUCUAUCAUCUGGCAAACUCGGUCUGGUUAAUAAGAAUGGAACUGUCUGUCGUAUCGUGGACUUUGCCCCUGGUUUCGACUGCAUGAUGUACAGGACGCAGAGCCUUGACUACGGCAUUGUUCUCGAGGGAGAAAUUGAGUUGGUGUUGGACUCUGGUGAGACGCAGAUGAUGCGUCGAGGAGACGUGGCUGUUCAGCGCGGUACUAUGCAUGCGUGGCGUAACCCCAGCACUACAGAGUGGGCUCGUAUGAUUUUCGUGCUGCAAGACUGUCAGAGCAUAGUCAUUGGGGGUCAAAAGGUCGGGGAGGACCUUGGCCGAGGAGUUGUUGGUCUACCACAAAGUGGUAAUGAUGCUUGA